ACGCCAGAUGGCGGCACAAUAUAAGCACGUAUUUUGUGCGUUGUUUGUUCGUUUGUAGUUGAAUAUCUUCGUAGGAUUACAUACACCCGUAAAAAUCUGUCGCAAUCGAUAUAAAUAAACAUUUCCAAGAUGGUGAUAGGAAAGAGUAGUAAGAUGACACAGCACCUGAACUACAGGAUGCGUGUCACAUUGCAAGACAGCAGAAUCUUUAUAGGCACAUUCAAAGCUUUCGACAAACACAUGAACCUGAUCCUUGGUGAUUGCGAAGAGUUUCGAAAGCUGAAACCAAAGAGUAAAGGCACUGAGCGCGAAGAAAAAAGAGUUCUCGGACUAGUUCUACUUCGAGGCGAGAACAUAGUGUCAAUGACUGUAGAAGGACCACCUCCAGCCGAUGAUGGUGUGCCCCGUGUGCCUAUACCAGGGGCGAUGGGUGGUCCAGGGAUGGGCCGGGCCGCUGGUAGGGGUGUGCCAAUGGGAGGGGCUGCAACGAGUGGAGCUGCUCCAG